AUGAUUGCAUCUUGCUUCGUCGCUCGAAGUGCUUAUUGCCUUGAGUUAGAGGAUGUCAGAAGCCUCGACUGUCUGUGCAAGGCCCUGAGCAAUCCAGGAGAAGCGACAGUGAGCGCUGACAGCUUGAGGCCAAAGCUCUCCAACAAACGGCCCCUUGAAGAUGAGGAGCUGUGCUUCGAUGAUGCCUUCGAAACUCUGGGUGCUCAGGGUGCGAAGGACGUUGGAAAUCUGUUGUUCAAGCUGGGCGACAUGGAGGCUGCGGCAGAGUUCUACACCCGGGGCCUGAAGUUGCUUGAGAGCUGUGCGGGCUCGGCUCAGGACAACGUGGAGUGGGUAUUGGCAAAUCGACACGGCUCUUUGCAGCCUGCGCGUGUAGUUUGCCGAGGCGCUGCUGAUCGCCUAGAUCUGAAGCUUUGUGGUACCGGCGAAGUCAUUGAGGGAAUUCCCGGAUCUGCAGUUCUUGGUGUGCGUUUGGAGCAGCUGAUGCUUCAGGGCAGCUUGCAUCUGAAUCGCUCACGGGCACUCACGCAGCUUGGGCACCAAGCUGAAGCUGCACAGGACCUGUCCAUCGUGAUAUCGCUGUGGGCAACGCAUUCUGCAGCGGGUUCUCCGCGAGUUGCGAAGGACGAGGAGUGCAAGGAGCAACUUGUCAAGGCCUACUACCUGCGUGCCAAGACGCGCUUGUCAAGGCAGCGAAUCGAGCCUGCAAGGAACGACCUGGCAGCUGCGGCGGCCCUGAGGCCUGGCGAGGCAACAGCAGCACUCCUGCGCCAGGCAGAACGUGAACUUGAGGCCGUGCAGAAAGAGAAGGUCAGAAGCAACAAGAAGUUGGCGAAGGAGAUUGCCAAAUUUGCGGAUGCAGCAAUGUCAGGACUGGAGUGCCUGGAGGAUGCACUGCGACUCUUGGGCGAAAGGCCCACGUGGAAGCAGCUGCCUAACACGCAGCAACAGCAUCAGUGCACAGGCUGGAGAGCUUCCGUGAGUCAUUAUGCCACAAAGGGCACCGUCUUUGUACAGGGUGCCGAUGCGGCAGUGCUGGAAGCGAAGUUGAAGCAUGCCAUCGAGGCUGCCUCGCAACCUGGAGACUCUAGAGCCCAUGCCGCGCUGCAGGCCAUCCGGCACCAGGCAAAUACCGUGCCGCAGGGGCCCAGAGCAGCUGCGCUGGUUGACCCACCGGUCCUGGAAGGUGAGUCUUGGUACCUCUACUUGGACGGAGCUUGUCCAACGAACCAAAAUGUCCACGAUGUGGCGCAUUCUGCUGGGUGGGGCGUUGCAGUUUACUCUUCUUCGCCAGGCCAUGGCAAGAGGGAGGCAGCCCGCCUCUUUGGACCCGUGGAGGUCAACCGCAGCUCACCUUUCAGCCUUGGUGCGGAGGUGUGCUCCAACAACACGGCAGAGCUGACUGCCUUCGGCGAGGCCCUUUUGUGGCUUCGCGACGAAGCGCCAGGACCCAAAGACAGGCCCGCGGUGCUCUGCUACGACUCACAGUAUGCGAAAAAGGCGAUGACCGGCGAAAACCGCGCGCACGCGAAUCUGGACCUCGUGGCAUCGGUUCAAGGGCUCUGGCAGGACAUGUCUACCAGAAGAAGGCUGCAGCUGAACUGGGUCAAGGGCCAUGCUGGCGACGUGGGCAAUGAACUGGCCGACAAGCUGGCGAACGAAGGGGCCACAGGUCGAGUGAGCAAGGAUUCCAAGCGUUGGUCCCAACGUGCGGCAGGAGCGAGGCCAGAGCCAGAGGCCAAGCGUGCAAGACGCAUGGCUUCUGCAGACGUUUCCCAUGCGCUGGCUGGUGGUGCACACAUGGCCAACAUGCGCCAGAGUGCAAGAGCUGAUGCCCAACUGGGAGGGCCCUCGCUGGAAGGGCCCUCGGGCGUGAUUCUGUUCGGUCCGAAGAAGGGCCAGUCGUUGCAUCACGUCAGCUGUGAUCCUCCAGCGGCCGCGCAGGCCAUCGGAGCCUUGCAAGCAUUCUUGGUCACGGCGGGUCUGUGGGAGGCAUUCGAGCAGUCCAGGUUCAACCCUUCAGCGCAGCCAGACGGCACGGCCGGAUUUCAGAUUGGCCGCGACGCCAUGAGCGCGGGCCACCGGGAUGUCCGAAGGUGA